AUGUCUUUUGCUCCUUCUUCACCUAAUCGUACAACUUCAACGUCCAUUUCUACUAUAAAUCAUAGAACCGAAAAUAUUUGGGAUAUGAAUGUAAUAAAAGAAAGUUUAAAAGAAAUUGAAUGUAUGAAUAUAGUGGAGAUGACAAAUAAAAUUAGCAAAUUAAUUCAAAUUUUGGAAAAUGAUAUAAAAUUAAAUGGAAUUUCAUCUAUUAAAUAUGGAAAAUUUUUGAUCAAAAAUUUAAUGCGAUAUUUAAUGGAAAUGAAAGAAUUGGUAAAAGAAAUUAAAAGAAUUGAAAAACAAAAUAAAUUGGAUGGAAAAAAAAAGAAAUCACAUACGAUUGCAUUUGAUUCAAAUUUUAUUCGCAAAACAAACUAUAAAUGUUAUAUAUAUCAUGUGAAGCGUAAACAAUUCAAUCAAAAAUAA